CAUCAAUUGCUCUGAUUAUUUCAGUUCUGCUACAUAUCAUACGAAGGCAAAGACAAUGAACACUGAUCCAAAAACUCCAUUGCUGAGUCCUCCAAGUUCCAUAACAAGGAAAAAUGAGGGAAGAACACAAAAGGGUGUCCUUAUUUUCAUUGUUUCCAUCGUUUUUCUCGUGUCAUUGGCUGCACUUGUCAUAAGCCUCCAUAGCCAUAACAUCCAACCUUUACUGAGUAUUAUCAAGAAGCCUCUCACGAUCGAGAUCAACUUAAGGUCUCUACCAUUACAGCCUCGAGGUAUUGCAGAAGGUGUUUCAGCAAAGUCAAAUCCAUAUCUAUGGCAGAUAGGUUCAUAUAACUGGACAAACGCCAUGUUAUCGUGGCAAAGAACAGCUUUUCAUUUUCAACCUCAGAAGAACUGGAUGAACGAUCCUAACGGUCCAUUGUUUUACAAGGGGUGGUACCAUUUGUUUUACCAAUACAAUCCUGAUUCGGCUCUGUUUGCAAACAUAACGUGGGGCCACGCCGUAUCGAGGGACUUGAUUCACUGGCUCCAUCUUCCCAUUGCGAUGCUUCGAGAUUCCUGGUACGAUAUCAACGGUGUAUGGUCAGGAUCGGCCACGCUUUUGCCAGAUGGCAAAAUCGUCAUGCUCUACACUGGUAGCACCCAUCAGAACGUGCAAGUCCAAAAUCUUGCGUACCCCGCCAAUCUAUCUGAUCCGCUUCUCAUUCAUUGGGUCAAGUACUCUAAUAACCCACUCUUGGUGCCUCCACCGGGAAUUGGGCCCAAGGAUUUUCGUGACCCAACUACUGCGUGGAUUGGGCCUGAUGGCAAAUGGAGGAUCGCUAUUGGGUCAAAGGUCAACCAGACAGGUCUUUCGUUGGUGUAUAAAACCCAAGAUUUUAUCCACUACGAACUCAAUGAUCAGUACAUGCAUGAGGUCCCGGGUACGGGUAUGUGGGAGUGCGUGGACUUUUACCCGGUUUCGGUAAAUGGGUCGGAUGGGUUGGAUACAUCUGCAAAUGGGCCAGAUGUGAAACAUGUGUUGAAGUCUAGUUUGGAUGACACUAGGGGGGAUCAUUAUGCUAUUGGGACGUACUUCAGUGAAAAUGAUACGUGGGUGCCCGAUAACCCGGAUGAGGAUGUGGGUAUCGGGUUGAAGUUGGACUAUGGGAGAUUCUAUGCGUCAAAGACGUUUUAUGACCAAUGCAAAAAGAGAAGGGUCUUGUGGGGUUGGAUCAACGAAUCAGACAGCGAAACCGCUGACUUGAAAAAGGGUUGGGCAUCUCUUCAGAGUAUUCCAAGAACAGUGGUGUUUGACAAUAAAACUAGAGCUCAUUUGCUUCAGUGGCCAGUGGAAGAAAUAGAGAGCUUAAGGCUUAGCAGUUAUGAAUUUGAAGAAGUCGUGGUUAAGCCGGGCUCAGUUCUGCCAUUGGACAUAGGCCCUGCCACACAGUUGGACAUAUUUGCUGAAUUUGAAAUCGAAUAUUUAGCAUCCAAAGAGACCGAGAAGAAGGAAAAUGUAGGGUGUGGAAAUGGAGCUUUUGACAGAAGUAGUCUGGGACCAUUUGGCAUUCUGGCUAUUGCAGAUGACCAACUUUCUGAGCUAACACCAAUUUAUUUUCAUCUUUCUAGUACUACCACCAGUUUAACAUCUUCCUUCUGUGUUGAUGAAACCAGGUCUUCAAAGGCUCCUGAUGUUUCAAAACUCGUUUUUGGAAGCGAAGUUCCAGUCGUCAGUGAUGAAAGAUUAUCAAUGAGGAUAUUGGUGGACCAUUCAGUCAUUGAGAGCUUUGCUCAAGGAGGGAGAACUGUGAUAUCGUCUAGAGUUUAUCCAACAAAAGCAAUUUACGAAGCUGCAAGAUUGUUUGUGUUCAACAACGCAACAGACAUAAACAUCAAGGCCUCACUCAAGAUUUGGCAAUUGAACUCUGCUUUCAUACGUCCCUUUCCCUUUGACAAGAAGUUGUGAAUGUGAAAAUUAUGUUUUGGAGUAGGGUAUACUAGAGCCCCUCCUUGGGAAAAAUAACAAUGAAUCCUGUGGCAUCUACCAUAUAUAAAACUGAUAACUUUUAGGUUGAGUUCCAAUAUGAGUGGCUAGCAGCCAUAACACUUGGGAUGAGCCAAUUGAUUCAGUAAACAUUUUAAUUUUAAUUUAAAAAAAAAAACUUAUUUUAUAUAUUUUUUCUUUUGAACUUACUUUUGAAAAAGAAAAUUGUUGACAUAA